AGGUGUGGAGUGUGUGUGCGUGUGUGUGUGUGUGUGUGAGAGAAGGAGUGUGUGUGUGUGUAAGUGUGUGUGUGGAUGCCACAGUGAUCCACUAGACUGACGUCUCUCCGGUAGCGCAGACGAAGACCGCAGCCCGGUUAUUCUACAGACUUCAGCAGCAGCAGCAGCAGCAGCAGCAGCAGCAGCAGCCAAGCAGUCGACAGUCUCUCCUGCAGAGAGACAGGCACGGAGGAGGAAUAAAAAAAAAGAUUUCAAAAAAACAUAAAGAAGAACUUCGGCAAAUGAACAAAUAGCUGUAGUUUUGCAGCAUGUUCCACCUCCGGCAAUCUCCGUUUAAACACACUCGCCCAGCAACUGUUUGAUUUUUGCUGGUGUGUCUGUUUUUUAUUUAUUUUUUCGCGUGUGGAGAGAUUCGUCUUUUUGCCCCCCUUCGACUGAUGUAAAGAAAAUCAACCGCUCUAACGUUGGAAUGAUGUGGACCUCUCAUGAUACUGUUGGAUUUGUUUUCUUAGCCGGAUUUUGCGUGCAAUUCGGAUUCACCUUUGAAGGUCGCUUCACUGAUCUGCCCUCUAACAUGACGGUUAAAGAGGGACAAAACAUAGAAAUGGCGUGUGCUUUCCAGAGCGGAACCGCGUCUGUCUAUUUGGAGAUCCAGUGGUGGUUCGUGAAAGCGCCGGAACCCACUGACAGCGAGGAGGACGUCGAUGCUGAAGAGAUGGAGAUGAUACCAGAGCCUGAUCCUGAUGACGAGGGGACAAAAAUAAGUACAGUGAAAGUCCAGGGCAACGACAUCUCACACAAGCUGCAGAUCUCCAGAGUAAGCAAGAGUGACGAAGGACUGUAUGAGUGCCGGGUGACACGGGCUAACUAUGGAGAGAUUGUGGAGUACAAAGCCCAAGCCUGGCUGAAGGUCAACGUCACGGCCAGGCCACGGCGACCACUGCCACCUCCCAAGAAAAGCUCCCCGCUGCAUCUGACAGACAAGAAGCCGAGAAAGUCCAGCUCAUCCCUGGGCCAGGAUAACAUGAAUUCAGACCAGAGAGUGGCCUCCACCUCCACCUCUCACACAUCCUCCAAUACAGCUAAACACAACCCCGGCUCAGGUACAAGAAUAUCAUCCAGCUAUGGACUGGCUGUCCUCCUUCUGGCAUGUGGUUUGGUGAGGGAUGCCUUGUUAUAAUUUGAAGAACUGAUAUGGUUUGCGCCCCGAUCUCGCUCUCUCUCGCUCUCUCUUUCUGUUUGCUCUCAAAGCGAACAAGAAAAUUGCCUGUUUUAUUUUGAUUAUUUUUUUUUUAUUAUUUCUUUGCCCCCUCACCAUGCGGACUGCACAGUUGGCCCUCAUUUACCAGCCUCCUACUGCUCUUGUACCCAGCACAUUGUUAUUAGCCACUGUAAACCACCAGUCACCUUUAAAACCAGUUGGAUUACCUUUUGUACAGACGUCGCCACCAUCCAUGGUGCAACGCUCCGGUGUGAGAACGGACUCUGUAUCUUGUUGGAUAACUCUCACGGAAGAAUGACUUUCUUAGGGUCUCACCUUUCCUGUUCAUGUGUUCAUUGCUCAAAAGUGAACAAGAAAAAAUGAGAAUCUACAUUUGUGUAAUAUAUAUACGAUUCUAGAUAUAUAUCUGUUUUAUUUGAAACACACUAGAAUUACUGUAUGUGCUGUAUACAUAGCUGACACUCUCCAUCUUGGCCAUGAAACUUCAUUGUGAAUAGGCGCUCUGGCCCUCUCAAAGAAGCAAAAGAAAUUCAAGUAUAUGUUAAUUCAGACUGUUAACAUUAACCAUCAGGUUAACAAAGGUUAAAUUUAUCAUUUUUCUUGAGCUGUAUUGGCCAUCCAAAUUAUCUGAUGUGCAUAAUUUUACAUCUUGUUAGUGAUACAUAUACAGGUGUGCAUGCUUAUUAGUCUGAAGGCUUAAACGAAGGGAACAUACGUUAUUUGAGCUACGUAAGUCAACACUUGGAGUUCAGUGUUACAGUAUGUUGAAUUUAGCUUUAUUUUAAUGUGCUAACUUUGGUGUGAAAUAAACAAAUUGUC